AUGGAUGAUAAGAUGAAGAUCCUAUUGGCCUUGUGCAAUCAACAGUCCGUCGACGAUGAGACCCUGAGCACGGCCCUGAUCGAGGUAGAGCGUAUAUUGAACAAUAGGACCUUGACAUCAGUCGCCAGUGCAGCCCUGGGUCUCGCGCUUAUACCAAACUACUUGAUACGUUUGAGGCCGAAUCACGGACAGAUAGUACCACGAACAAUUACAAAAUAUUGUUCGAGUGGUUGGAAACAAGCCACCUACCUAGUGGAAGUUUUCUGUAAGCGGUGGGACCGAAAGUACUUGCCUACCCUACUAGCAGAUCAGAAAUGGAUAUUUGCAGAAAGAAACUUUCGAGUUGGUGACAUAGUACUGCUUGCAGAUGAACAACUGCGGCGAAAUGAAUGGCCCUUGGCGAUCGUCAAAGAAUGCCUCCCGGAUGAGGACGGUCUGGUACGCACGGUUAAGGUGAAAAAGGCAGCUGGUGAAACCCUACGAGACAUACGCUAA